AUGCACUGGCUCCCAGAGGAAAAGGGAUCUGGGGAAACUUACAAACAAACAAAAUCAAGCCACUCUCCCUGCCUUCAGUGGAGCUUCAAACCAGAGGAUGUUACCUGGAACACACUGGAGAGUCAUAACCUUGGAGUUCACAUUAAAGAUGUCAGUCCCAGGAAACUUCUAUUCACCCAGCUUGAAUUCACUGGGGAAAGGCUGAAUGAGGACACAGUGAGAAGAUGGGAAGAAGAUCUCACCAUAACCCAAUCCACCAGCACCUUGAUCUUGGAUACACAGCCCCCAGAACUUCAAGACAAUAAAUAG